AUGAAGCGCAGGUCCGUGUAUCGAUUGUUUACCAUCAAUUCUUCCUCUCUUCACGAAUCUUUAGCUGCUGGUGCGGAUGGAGAACAGGCUCGUCACCCCCCAAAUGGAGGUCCUGCCGCCUCUGGCUUGCAGAAGGAGGAAGAGAAGCAGCAGCAGCCACACAGCGAUGCUAUGGAAAAACAGAACCGACAACAGCACGCAGGACAACAGCGAGGACAGGGCGAUAAUCAACAACGCCAAGGAGGCUCCCAGCUCUAUAGUUCUCGCCAGCCGCAAGGCGAACUCCCCCAAUGGCCAGGAGCCCAGGGACGAGGUCUGCCUCCGCCGCGUGGAACUUUGGGAAAACCUGGUCAAGUAUCUGUCAAUUAUCUCGACGUUAACUUGGACAAAAUGCCUGCGGUGGCCUAUCACUACGAUGUGAAGAUCACGCCAGAGCAUCCUAAGAAGCUCUAUCGUCAGGCUUUUGAGCAGUACAGAGUUGAACACUUGGGCGGUGCGAUUGCCACAUUUGAUGGACGUGCAUCGUGCUACUCAGUUGUGAAGCUAAGAUGCAGCUCCCAGGGCCAAGAAGUGAAAGUAACAGAUCGCCAUGGCCGUACCCUGAAUUACACUCUGGAACUCAAGGAGACGGAGGACUUGGAGGUCGAUCUGAACUCGCUGAGAAGCUUUGGUUUCCUUUUCGUAUCGCGGCUGUCUCGAUUUGAUUCCCUGGGCAGACGCCAGGAACACCGGGUCGUCGUUGCCCAGGAUGAAGGCCGCACGUCUCUUGUCUUGGAACUUGGGCCUAUCUUUCGAGGCAGAGGCGCCGCCUGCCGGGGUUGUCAAGGGGUCUGCCAGCCGCGAUAUCGCUCUGCAUGGACGAAAACACUGAUUGGCCCGCGGACAGAUUCCUCGGGACAAAUGGCACCUCGUGGAAAACGAGCUCCAAGACCGCUUCCUCCAGGAGUUGGAGGAAAAUGGAGGACCACCGCCCAAGUGUGAGGACGCCGGGUGGCACGAAGGCAGGGUGAAAGCCAUCGCUCGGCGGCCCUCUAC